CUCUUUGCUCGUUGAUCAGCAGUGUAUAGAGGUAUAGACGCUCCACCAUGAAGCAGUGCAUGCUGUUGUUGCUGGCAUUUGUGUGUGUCCAUGGUGCCCCUACAGGGGUCCUGCCACCAAGCUGUUGCAAGGAUGCAACCACUGUCUUUGUUGCUGGAGAAGCUAUAGACAAAAUCAACCAGGAUCGCACCACGGGUUAUGUCUUCAGCCUGGAACGAGUCAGUAACGUCCAUCAGACACCCCACGGUGAAACCGGAGAGGUGUUUUAUCUAACAAUUGAUAUCCUCGAGACCAAAUGCCAUGUCCUCAGUAAGAAGAGUUAUAAGGACUGUGAGAGUAGGAACUUUGGUGAAAACCCGGUUUAUGGUCAGUGUAAGGCUGUGAUCUAUGUAAACAAACCUCAAAGAGUCUCUCGACUCUACAAAUACAGCUGUAGCGUCCGACCAGUCUCUGCUUCCAAAAUCGUUCAAGUGUGCCCUGACUGCCCAACUCUAAUCUCAUUGGAUAAUAAAGAAGUGGAGAAGACAGUGAAGCUGGGUUUGGAGAAGUUUAAUAAGGAAAGUGGACUCCCAAAUUACUUUGCUCCUCUUAAUAUUACAAGAGCAAUCUCACAGGGUGGUUUGAUGACUAUGUACAGUGCGGAGUUCACCAUUCAGGAGACAGUUUGCUCUAACAAAACUGAUGUAUCUGAGGCUUCAAAAUGUGACAUAAUGGCCUGCGAGUUUGCACACAAAGGGUUCUGCAGAGCCACACACACACUCGCACACGAUGGCAGCGAAUACCUGGAAUCUAAGUGUGAAAUCUAUGAACCUCAGGCCGCAGAGGAGGAAAAGAAGAACCAUUUACUUGGUGGAGAGACGGACCAUCAUCAUGAGAAGACUGGUGACGCAUCCCAUUCACAUGACCACUCUCAUAAUCACACACUCCCUCAUUCCCAUCCAACUACACACGACCAUGAUCACACAGCUGACCACAAACAUGAUCACAAGCAUGAGGGUAAGCACACUCACAAUGAGGGACAUGGUAAAGCCCAUGGUCAUGCACAUUCUCACGAGCACAGCCAUAAUCAUGACCAUGUCCAUGUACACCAUGGUCAAGCCCACAACCACACGCGAGACCAGGGUGUUCACCCCGCCCACCACAACUACGGACACAAUGAAGGUGAGACACACGAGCAUGAUCACGAGCUGGCACUGGAUCAUGAGCACAAGCACGGACACCUCCAUGAGCACGAGCAUCAUCACCACCACCACCAGCACUCACAAGAAUCCACCAUGAGGAAGCCCGAGGGAACUGUUCAACUCCUCCCAUCACUGGAUAGACCCGUGACCCUUCCUUUCUUUCCUGAUCAGCAUGAGAAACCCGACACACCCACCGGUCUUCCCUUGCGCCCUGACCCACAGAUACCAGGACAAACGGAGCCUGUAAUUGGCAAAUUCCCCAAAACUGUAUCCUCCAACUGCCCAGCAGAUUUCAAGACCAAGGAAAAGCUCAUCACGGAUGCCUUUGCUGAGGAUCCAGUCUUCAAGGUCAAGCCAGCUGCAUGAAAAGCUUCAGAACAGACUUUUGAUCUUCACACUGUGUAGCUCAGAUGAAGAGUCAUGUGCUCAGUGCAAUAAAACAUCUCUUGAAACCAA